GUAACUUCCCAGGUCCGUGUGACGCUCUUUCCUGUGGUGGGGGGGACGAAGAAGGGAUUCUCCUCCCCCCUUCCUCACUCCCUCAGCUCAUUUAUGCUGUUUGCUGACAUGCAUGUGUUGCAGAUCGAGCACCUUCAGGGUGUUGACGGAAGGCACUGCAGCAGGAACACAAGACUGGUUCAGGCGGCAUGACCAGGUGACAACACAAACUCAGUCCAAGAGGAAGAGGAGGAGUGACGAGCACAACUCCAUGGAGGCAAUCCACUCGCUUCUGACUCAACAAAGCUGCUGUAUGUUUAGACUGCAGUGAGCUCUUUUGACCUGCACCUGAAGCAAAAGGCGGCGAGGGCGGCGGAGGAGAGCGCCACGGAUGCUGCUGAUUGGUUGGAGCCACGACUCUCAUCAUGCAGGAGAAGAUGGAGAAAGGCAAGGGGUCGCCCGAGGUCACCACCCCACCAGAGGGCGGCUGGGGAUGGAUGAUCGUGGUUGGCUGCUUCCUCACCACCAUCUGCUCACGGGCUGUCACCAGAUGCUUUUCCGUGUUCUUUGUGGAGCUCCAGCUGCACUUUGAGAGAGAUUAUUCCACCACGGCUUGGAUCAACAGUCUCAUAGACUGCACCACCAUGUUCUGUGCUCCUCUGGGCAGUUUCCUCGUCAGACGUCUCUCAUGCAGAACGACGGUGAUGCUCGGCGGUUUCUUGUCCUCUGUCGGUCUGGUCCUCAGCUGCUUUGCCUCCAGCCUGGAACACCUCUACGCGUCUCUGGGGGUCCUCUCGGGCAUCGGCUUUGCUCUCAGCUACACGCCCUCCAUCGCCAUGGUAGGAAGGUACUUCAGUGAGAAGAAAGCCCUGGCCUACGGCAUCGCCCUGUCUGGCACAGGCAUCGGCACCUUCAUCCUGGCCCCGGUGGCACAGCUGCUCAUAGAUCAGUACUCCUGGAGGGGAGCCAUGCUCGUCCUGGGGGGCUUCGUGUCAAACUUGUGUGUUUGUGGCGCUUUGAUGAGGCCCGUGCAGCCCAGCUCUGGUCAAAGGACAGGGGAGCGCAAUGUGGCCAAUGUGGAGAAAGGUGAUUCCAAAGAUGCCAAAGAAGAACCAUCCGGUCACUGUGGAGAGGAUGCAAAGUUAAUGGAAGUCAGCAGCAUCAGCUACACCCAAAGACCUCUCAUAGUCAAUGGGGCGCUCCAGAUGUGUGACCUUCAGAAGCACCAACCAGUACAGGGCAAGACUGUUAUCCUGCCAAGCAGGCCUGAUGCCAGGUUGAUGGACAAGAAACUAGGAGAGUGCAUUUUAUCUGGCAACAAGCUAAAAGCGGCAAUCCGAGGGGAGAUGCAAGUUUCAGAUGCUAAGCUAGCCAACCAAGUGCAGGACUUGGUAGAGAGUAAUAACUUCAAAAACAAGAUUGUAAACACAAAGAGUGAAGACGGCAAAACCACUAACUGGAAUAAAGGCGUUGUCCCGCUUACGGAACCUUCAGCAAACAUCCCAACCUCCUCACAUGGUUGUUGCUACUCUCUCCAGCCAGGGCAGGACUUUGGCUUCCUUCUUAUUCCUGACUUCAUCAUUUGGGCGCUGUGCUUCCUGUUUAUGGCAUACGCCUGCAGCGCACCCAUGGUUUACCUGGUUCCUUAUGCCAUCAGUAAAGGGGUGGAGAACAAACAGGCCGCUUUCCUUGUGUCCAUAUUUGGAAUCAGCGUGAUUGUGGGAAACAUUACCUUUGGGUGGAUCACAGACAGGAAGUGCCUGAAAAAGUAUCGAAUGCUGAGCUUCAUGCUAAUGUUAGCCGUGGAAGGCAUCAGCUGUUUGUUCGUCCCGAUCCUGCAAUCCUUCACCUCCCUGGUGCUGUUUGCGGUCGUCUACGGCUACGUUGAAGGCGGCUACGUGGCACUCAUUCCUGUGGUGACUUCUGAUGUGGUGGGCCCCGACGACCUCAACUCUGCCCUGGGUGUGGUCUACUUCCUGCACAGCAUCCCUUACCUUAUCAGCCCACCAAUCGGCGGUUGGCUGGUUGACGUGACGCAAAACUAUGCGGCGACCUUCUUCGUCAGCGCCGCUUCCUUCAUAUUCAGCGCAGCAAUUCUAGCUACCACCAUGGUGGUCAGACACUCCUGGAAGACAAACACGUCUUCUCCCAAACAUGCUGCUGCUGAUUGUCAACAAGGCAUUAUGUAA